AUGGUCAGCUUCAGCGGUGUCCUCCUGAAAGACGAAGAUCAGGGCAUGCUAGGCCGCGGGGUGGGAGACCUGAGGAAGAAGUAUGAAGUGGGGGAGAAGGUGGGGGAGGGGCGGAGCGGCGUGGUGGUGCGCGCGUGCGUGGAGCGCAAGAGCCGGGCGCGGUUCGCGUGCAAGUCGAUCGCCAAGACGACGCUGGGGGAUGCGAAGAAGGUAGAGGCGUUGAGAGUGGAGGUGGCUGUGAUGGAAGCGGUGGGGUCGCAUGCGAAUAUUGUGGCGCUGCAUGACACUGUGGAGGAUGCUCAGGACGUGCAUCUGAUCAUGGAGCUGUGCGAGGGGGGCGACCUGCUGUCGCACGUCAACACAGCACCGCACAUCUCAGAGCGCCAUGCAGCCGCCAUUUGCCGGCGCAUCGCGGACGCCGUGCGCUUCUGCCACCGCCGCGGCAUCUGCCACCGCGACCUCAAGCCCGAAAACGUGCUGCUCGCCACUAAGGGGGCUGCUGGGGCCGACCUGAGAGUUGCAGAUUUUGGCAUCUCCACCUUCAUUGAGCCAGGCCAGCGCAUCCGCGGGUAUGCAGGCAGCCCAUUCUACAUCGCACCUGAAGUCCUCAACGGGCGGUACGGCUUUGAAGUGGACGUGUGGAGCCUCGGCGUCAUCCUCUACACGCUGCUCUCGCAGCGCCUGCCCUUCUGGCACAGCACGGACAUUGGCGUGUACAGAGCGAUCCUGAAGGGGCAUGUGGACACGCACACGGGCGCGUGGCUGCAUGUGAGCAAGGACGCUGUGCAUCUGGUGCGCCGCAUGCUGUGCCAGGACCCUGCGGAGAGAAUCACCCUCGACCAGCUGCUGG